AUGCCAUCUUAUUAUUCCCGUGGGCGAGUUCCCGCCGGCAAUGCGCAGGAUAUUGUCGAUGGCUUAGAUCAGCGGUCCUCGCAGGCGGCAAAGCCCGCGCAGUCCUCGCAGUCGCCGUAUCCAAUCGGCCAACCAGUCCAGUCUCCUGGCUCCGCGAUGCAGCAGAGGGCCAUUAGUCAAUUUUUGAAGCCUAGUCACAUGAUCACACCAGAGUAUCGGAUCCGUCGCGAUAACCCUACGAUUCAAGAUGUUAUUGACAGGAUAGUGGCGGGCUUUUCAGCAAACUAUCGUGGCGACAUUUUAGCCCAAGCCAACAAAGCUGCUAAAAUCCCAGACGACGAAAAUUGCUCUGUCUGGAUGUCGGGUCUUCCUCCCAAUGUCACUUACGCCGAGUUGCUGAGCUCAAUUCGAGAUGCCGGGAGGGUUUGGGCUUCCCACAUCCGGCCUGCAACGGACAAAUAUCCAACACCUGGAGCAAAAGUCACAUUCAUGACCCCGAAAGCAGCAAAAACACUCAUUGAGCGUCAAUAUCUUUUUAUUCGCGACCGUUACGUUCGUGUUCAGUACGACCGAAACAAGGUCUCGAAGCCGCAGGUUCCGAAGGGCCACACACGAGUUCUUUGGAUUUAUGGUCCAAAGGAAAUCGUGAAUCUUGAAUUUUUAAAUGAUCUAUUUGCCAGAACAUGUCAAUUUCAGACAGAACAUGCCGAGCUUCUCUGUAAGGGCCAGGUGAUAAACAUCAUUGAGUGGAAAUUUAGCAGCUACCGCUGCCAGGCUCAGUGGAUUUAUUUGGGCCUGAAGAACUUAGCAGAUCUUGGGAUCGAUGUCAAAUUUAUGAUUGACCCUUGUGACACCUUCGAAGAAAACGAUGAUGGCAACGGCAAGGAUUGUGUGGAAGAGGAGGAGAGGAGUGGGGAAGAGAGGCUGGAUGAGCACUUUCUGUUGCACUGA